AAUUGCGUCAAUACCUCGGAUGAAGAAAGUGUUCCGUUUCAAGUGGAUUAUGACAAUGUGAGCCCUAAUAUGCCCAAAUGGGUGUUCCAUGCGGCUUGUACUGCUCUUAUAUCAAUUGGAACAUUUGGUGUGAUGGCCAACCUGACAGUGUUUGUGUUGUUUCUCAUUACACCCAUGAUCCGCACCCCCUUCAAUUACAUUUUGAUGAACAUGAUCUUCUCUGACUCUUGUAUUGUAUUCUACGGUGUUCCCGUGGACUUUAUGGCAUCUUACGGAUAUGGCUGGAAAUUGGGAAAACAGCUGUGUCUUUCAACUGGAUUCAUUUUAACUACCGUGGGAACGGUUUCCAUAUGUACAUUAGCAGUAUUAUCCAUGCAACGCUACCUGAUAUUGUCUCGACCAGAGAAGUUCAAGAUCUCCUCGUACUCGACAUCUGGUCUAAUUGUCAUCUUAAUUUGGCUUUACACCCUCACCGUGUCUGUUCCCCCUUUCUUCGGUUGGGGCGAAUUCGUACCAGAAACUUCGGGAAUGACUUGUGCCCCGGAUUGGGAGUCCAAUCGCCAUUAUUGGUACACUUGGUGGUGGUUCGUUAUCGGUUUCUUCCUUCCUUUGGUCGUCAUUCUCUUCACCUCAGUACUAACAUUGAGACUCUUAAAAGAGAAAUCCAGGUCUUUUUCUAACACCACGAUUCGACGAAUGUCCCAAAGACGGGAUCGUCGGAUAGCCGCCCACGUGAUUUGGAUGAAUGUCUCAUUUAUUCUCUGUUGGAUGCCAUACGGUGUGAUCACAUGUUUCUAUUUUUUCGGUGGCGAGGGUUAUGUGACUCCCGCAGUGGUGGUAAUCCCUCUGAUGACGGCCAAGUCCUCAGUGUGCUGGAAUCCCGUGAUUUAUGUGGCCAUGAAUCCUCAGUUUCGAGGAGCCUUCAGAAGGUUCAUAAAAGGACACAAGAGCCGGAAAAUGGAACGUCGAUGGGAGAGGAUCCAAAGAUCUGAGAAAAUAAAUCAAAAAGUCGUCAAGAAGCUUCAAAUCCCGUUUGUAACGGCAAGGACACAUCUCUCGAUUUCAUUGAACGAGGUCCGAGUUCCAGCCAUGCCCAUCCUAAAGAAGCCUUUACUACCAAGAGAGGCUACAACCAACGAGCUUCGGACAGAGCUGAUUCAAAAGAACCUCACCCAUCAGAACUCUUUAGACCAAUCACAGGAACGGUGGCUCGGAAUAACAUUACCCGACGAGAUUCUUAUCAAGCCGAUUGCUCUGGCUGAGGAUCAAAGCAAUGGUCACCGAGCCAUUCAGUGGGCAGAGAAGCAAGAAAUCUCAUCCUUUUCAAGGACAGAGGACUCGAUGGAAGACUUGGGCUUCAACGACGAAACCAGCACUUAAUCAAAUCAAUGUGAUAGUUUAACCUCCAUGUGAAUCAUUUAUCACAUUCUCAACAUGGAACGGACUCUAAAAAUGUGGUGUGCUCCUGGACGUUAUAAUAUGUGUGUCAAAUGUAAGAUAUGAUAUAUUGAUAUGAUAAAUUUAUAGAGAAGAGUGUAGUACAUCUGUGGGAACAGAUGAUUCAACUGACUUAGCCUCAAUUAAGGAGUUCCUGGAAUGGCAAUCAUGCUAUCAUAUUGUUCCAUAAGAAAUGUUAGGUAUGGAUGGAUCUUGGAAACAAAGGUCAGACUUACCUUUCCACAUGAAUUGCAUCAUUUCGAGUUUGGUGCGGAACGAUUUUCAAGUACGAAGGAUUUUCGUAAUGAACGA